ACGCGUCUCGCUGCGGCUGAACGCCGGGCCGGGGAGCCGGGCGCGGGCGGGCUGAGGAGCGGGGCCGUGCCGCCGGCCCCCGCGGCUCUCCCAUGGCCGGCCGCGGGCCCCCGCGCCGGGGCUGACGGCCCCGCAGCAUGGCCUACCUGGCGCCCGCCAGCCGCCACCUCGAGCGCGUCGAGGGGCUGUCCCUCAUCUACUGGACACUCAUGGGACCGUAUGGAAUGGAUCGAGCCGUGCAUUGCUUUGAUUUCUACGACUGUGCGAAUGGGCUGGGUAUUAAGGUGAUUGGUGGUAUCAAGGAGCACACAGGAGAAGAAUAUGGAGUUUAUGUCAAGAGGAUCCUACCAGGAGGUGUUGCUUAUGCUGAUGGUCGCCUGCAACCAGGAGACCAGAUCCUGGAGGUCAAUGGAGAUUCCCUAAUUGGAGUCACAAGUGAGAGGGCUGUGGAUAUCCUCAGAACAGCGUCUGCCACCAGCCACAUGCGCCUUCUCAUAGCCCGAGACGAUGAUGCCAGGAGAGAGUUCUCUGAACUGAUGGAGAAGUUUGGCUCUCAGAGCAAUACAGGCUCAGCGCGGAGCUCUCCUGUUCUGCACGGUGGAAGUCGAUACCUGGAAAGUACAUCCUCGGGGUCCUCCUCACGUUCCCAGAGUCCGCUGCUCCUGAGCCCUGCAAAUUCUCACAGCCCGCUCAUCGGAAACUCGGCACACUCUCCUCACCCGCAUUACUCCAUUGAAUCAGGAAUCCAGAGCAUCUCUAUAGCAAAGUCCUCCGGCUUAGGGCUGACAAUCAGUGGUGGAUCUAACAGGCCUGAUGGCCCCAUGAUUUACGUUCAAGAGCUUAUGCCAGAUGGUGACUGUUACAAGGAUGGUCGGCUCCGUCCUGGUGACCAACUAAUUGCUAUCAAUAAAGAUUCUUUGGUGGGCAGCACAUAUGAAGAGGCCAGAAAAAUAAUUGCAAAAACCAAAUUCAGACAUGAGGGAAACACAGAAGUGGCCUUUAUUCCUGGAAGGGGACGGUUGCAUCCUGGCCUGUCAGUUCAUAACAACACCCAGUCGCCGCCUCCAAAGGCUGUGGGAAAUGGUCUAAGUUCCUGCAGAUCGAAGGUCCAUGUGAGGUCCCCAGAGAAUAGACAUGAAAAUCUUUUUCCUGUGCCUUCUUUGUCACCAGACAUUUGCCCGCCAGAGCUCACUGUCUCAGCACCUGCUUCAGCAUCUAAUCAGAAAGCAGCUUCAGGCAACAAACCAAAAGUAGCACUGGAUCCACAUAUUCGUCUCAAGGAUGGAAAACUGGAACUGGUUCUGCAGUAUCUCGGUCUGGAUGUGACUGAGGAGAAGAAGAGGCAGUUACGGCAAAGUCUGACAACAGACUCACAGGGAACAGUGGCCUAUGGAGAUUUUCUCCAAGCACUCAGGGAUCUAAUGCAGGAUGAGCUGGAUGAGGCCGGCCUUGAUUCCAGCUCAGUGCUCUUCACUCAACAUGAAGUGGCCAGUUUGCUGGAUACAUCUGCUUUUCACUCUCUGACUUUUGAGACUCUCAACUGUGAUGGCAAUGAGGAACUGGAGCAGCUGCAACUGGAAAUGACAGAGCUGCGGCAAGAAGUCCGGAGGCUAAAGUCUCUCCUGAAAGAGGUAGAGAACAGUAAGAAGUCGAUGGAAGAUGAACUGCAGAGACUGAACCAGAAAGCACUGGGCUUCCUCUCUGAGAACCGGACCCUGCACAGCAAGCUGCAGAUGGCAGAGGUCGUGCAGAGACAGGCUCACAGCGCAGAACAGGACUACGAGGAAGUGAUCCACUUGCUGGAAGCUGAAAUUGCAGAACUGAAGACAGAGCUGGCAGGGAAGAAAGCAAAACAUGUCUCUGAAAUAGAGGGGGAUAUUCUGGAACUGAAAAGGCAGUUGUCCCUGGCUGAUGGCCAGUUACGAAAAUCAGAAGUCUCACGGAAGCGCCUGGAGAUCUGCAAUAGGAAGCUCCUCCUGUUUGUGCAGAAUGUUCACAAGGUCCUGAGCACAUCCAGUCAUUUACCAGACCAGAAAAGAGUCAACAGUGAAACAGAAGAGGAUAAAACAGAUGCAGUCUCAGAUACAUCUCUUCCAUCUUCAGAUCUUGUUGACCUCUUGCUAUCAGAAGCUAAAGAACUGCUAGCACCAAUCCUCUCCAACAAGGAUGCUUUGCCAUGUGACUGGGACCAGUGCCUGCCUACUGAAGGAAUCUCAAAUUACAAGGACCAUCUUCAUCAGAAGACCACAUGGCCCCCUCCUUCAAGCCAGAACAAGAAUGAUGAGCCACAGCCACUGAGUCCAACCAACAAACUGCCUGAGAAGCCUACAUAAAUCUCCCACAACUUUUUCGUGCUCAGAAGUGUGCAUGUUCAUAACACAGCUUCUCUGCUGGGAGAUGGAAAGGACGCACAACUGGUGUUUCAGCUUCCAGGCAAACCAGAGGGAAACAAGCUUUCUAACAAGAGACUGAUUGUUCCUGAACAGCCACUGAAGACUUUCAGUCACCUCCCCUGCAUGUCUACCUCUGAGUUAUCGUACAAGGCUAUUUUCUCUUGGUUUUGCAGCUUUAUAGGAAAAAUAUUUUCAAGCGGAUACAAAUGCCUGGAUUUCACUGGCAGCCUUUUAGAGCUUGUAUCCUGGGUAGUAAGAGGAGCAUGGACUUACUAAGGGACUCAGGAGUCUCAAACAGAUUCCUUUUGGUAUUUCAUAUGAAAAACCAAAGUACAUUUAGUGACUAUAAUAAAACCAGUUUAAUCUGUAGUGUCCUAGCUGUUUUGGGAUAGGUACUUUUAUUUCUAUUUUUUUUUUGUAUAGCUUAUCCCAGCUGCAAUGCUUGACAUGGAAAGCACCAUCCCAGCUAUUCAUUGGAGAAAGGGGCCAGAGACAGCCAUACACUACCAAUGAUGUAGCAUUACUGGACCCCAACCAGUCUUGGGAACGCAACAGAGGCCAUAGUGAACAUAUUUAAAUAGAGGCCCAAGGUGUCACUUGGAAAUUAGAUGCACAGGAUGCAAGAUUGUAUGUGGCUAGCAAUGAACAUGGUAGAGAUCUGAGAUGAACAUGAGGUCUGGAAAAUAAAGUGAAAAUGCUGCUUA